AUGCGUUUGUUUGAUGUCUUGCCUGAUACUUUCACUUGUUCUUUUGUCCUAAAAGCGUGUCUGAAACUAUCUGAUGUUGUGAAUGGUAAAAUCAUUCAUGGGCUUUUUCAGAAGCUGGGGUUUGGCUCAAAUUUGUUCUUGCAAAAUAUGAUCUUGAAUUUGUAUGGUCUGUGUGGGGAGAUGGGUGAUGCUAUGUUGUUGUUUGAGAAAAUGCCGCAACGAGAUGCUGUUACUUGGAAUAUAGUGAUAGCCCAGUUGGUCAAGAGGGGAGAUAUUGAUGGUGCUUAUGGCUUUUUCUUGCGGAUGCCUAACAAGAAUGUUAGGUCAUGGACUUCGAUGAUUUCGGGUUUUGUUCAGUGUGGCAAACCUAAUGAGGCUAUUGAUUUGUUUAUGAAGUUGGAAGAUGAAGCGUUGAGGCCGAAUGAGGUAACUGUUGUUUCUGUUCUUGCAGCUUGUGCUGAUCUAGGUGAUCUAGAUCUUGGGAGGAGUGUUCAUGAAUACUCGACAAAAAGUGGGUUUAAGAGAAAUGUUCAUGUUUGUAAUACCUUGAUUGAUAUGUAUGUCAAAUGUGGAUGCUUGGAGAAUGCCAGAAGAGUUUUUUAUGAAAUGGAAGAACGGACUGUGGUGUCAUGGUCAGCAAUGAUUGCUGGGCUUGCAAUGCAUGGACAAGCAGAGGAAGCUCUGUGUCUUUUCUCUGAGAUGAUCAAACUAGGUGUGAAGCCUAAUGGGGUUACUUUUAUUGGGCUCUUGCAUGCAUGUAGCCACAUGGGAUUGAUUGAUGAGGGUCGUAGGUUUUUUGCUAGCAUGACUGCGGAUUAUGGUGUAAUUCCACAGAUUGAGCAUUAUGGUUGCGUGGUUGACCUUUUUAGUAGGGCAGGGCUUCUUGAAGAAGCCCACGAGUUUAUCUUGAGCAUGCCUAUUAAGCCAAAUGGAGUGGUGUGGGGGGCUCUCCUUGGUGGGUGCAAAGUUCACAAAAACAUUGAUUUGGCCGAGGAAGCAAUAAAACACCUUUCUGAAUUGGAUCCUCUUAAUGAUGGGUACUAUGUGGUUAUAUCAAACAUUUAUGCAGAAGCAGAACGAUGGGAAGACGCAGCAAGGGUGAGGAAGUUGAUGAAAGAUCGAGGGGUGAAGAAGACAAGUGGGUGGAGUUCAAUCACUGUUAAUGGAGUGGUUCAUGAGUUUGUUGCUGGAGAUCAGACACACCCUCAGGCUGAGGAUAUAUGCAAGAUAUGGGACAAACUACUGGUCAAAAUGAAGCGUAGAGGAUAUUCACCUAAGACAUCUGUUGUUCUGUUGGACAUGGAAGAGAAAGAGAAGGAGAAGUUUUUGUAUCGUCACAGUGAGAAAUUAGCUGUGGUUUUUGGGUUAAUGACCACGCCAGAGGGAACACCCAUCAGGAUUAUGAAAAAUCUCCGUGUUUGUGAGGACUGCCAUGCUGCCUUGAAAAUCAUAUCAGGUAUUGUCAGUCGAGAGAUAAUUAAUAUUGAAGACUCAGCUAUGGCAGAAGCAAAGAGAGCUGCCUGCCUACGCUAUGCAAUCGAAUAUGCUCCAGGUGGCUUGACACAGUUUGCUAUUUUGAAGGAGCUGCUCUUGAUGGCAUCAGGACUGUACAAAAUGAGAGUGACGACUGUUUGUGCAGGAGCAUGA